UCUCCGAGAAAGUUUCACAUUACGUAUAUCCUACCUGUUUAAAAAAGUGCUCCUCGGCUCUUGUAAUGUUAGAUUUUCCAAGUGCUACGUCCUUAAAUUGUUUUCACUCGCGUACAUAAAAAUGCUAAUGUGCUUUUAAAUUAUGGAAAAUGCAAUUACCGCGCGUACAAUUUACUCGUAUUUAUAAUGAAAUUUCAAAUAAGUCAAUAUUUAUUCACGUGGUCGAACCGGUGUAUACAUUUUUUUAAGUUACCAAAAUGCCAAUCCGCCAAACAAGCGCGACUUGUAUUUACUGGUUACGAGACAAUAUUCAUAUCGUUAGCCCGACUUCGUCGAAUGGAUUCGAUCGUUUAAAUAGGAAUCCAUCAUGGUGGAGAAGAAGAACAACGUUGGAGAAAAACCUUACCAUUCUUUCCUUUUUAGUCGUGGUACUGAUGAUGAUAUCUGUUGGAAUCCUAGUAUAUACAAGUGUUCAAAAAAAUGAUGAAGAAUUACCAUCUCUAUCAUCUCAAAAUGGCCUGGCCGGUAGACCUAGACAGAGGAAUUCAUUCAUACAGGGAUCUGGCAAAGCAGAUGGAUGUAAAGAUAUGUGUACAACGCCAGGAUGUAUUAACGCUGCUAGCGCCAUUCUAAAGAACAUGGACACGACUGUCGACCCUUGUGACGACUUUUACCAAUUCGCCUGCGGUAAAUUCCUCAAAGAAACUCAAGUACCCGAAGAUAAAACCUCGGUGACUACAUUCUCCGUCAUCAGUGACUUGUUAAUGGACCAGUUGAAAAUGAUCAUCACCGAGCCUAUUUCCGAUUAUGAUAUCAAACCUUAUAAACUAGCCAAGAAUUUAUAUAAAGCUUGCAUGGAUCGAAAUAAAAUCGAAGAAGUUGGUUUGGAACCAGCGUUGAAAAUGUUGAAAAGAUUGGGAGGAUGGCCGGUUCUCGAAGCUAACUGGGAUGAAGGAUCGUUUACGUGGAGAGACAGUGUUUACAAGUUCCGAAAAGAAGGAUUCAGUGUGGAUUAUUUUAUUGAUUUCUCCGUUGCUACCGAUUUAAAAAAUACCACUGUUAGAAUUAUCGAUAUCGAUCAAGCUUCGUUAGGAUUAAGUCGAGAAUACCUCGUCAAAGGUCUAGAUGAAAAAAUCGUCGCUGCUUAUUAUAAAUACAUGGUCGAUAUCGCCGUCCUUUUCGGCGCCGAUAGAAAUCGAGCUACUAAAGAAUUACGCGAAUCUUUAGACUUUGAAAUCCAAUUAGCCAACAUCUCGUUGCCUUUGGAAGAAAGACGAAACGCUACGAAACUCUAUAAUCCUAUGAACAUCACUUAUAUUCAACGUCAAUUCCCCAGUAUUCCAUGGCUCGAAUAUAUCAACACUAUUCUCGCGCCAACCAAUAAAAUCAGCGAAUCGGAGGUCGUCAUCAUUAACACGCCUCAAUAUUUACAUAAUUUAGAAACGUUACUCAGCAAAACUCCUAAAAGAAUUCAAGCUAAUUACGUUAUGUGGAGAGCUGCAGCAUCCUCUGUCAGUUAUUUAACUGAAUCUGUGCGAAAACGUCAACUGGAUUACAGUACCGAACUCUCUGGCAGAACAGAACGCGAACCUAGAUGGAAGGAAUGUGUCGAUAAUGCCGCCGGAAGUUUUGCAUUGGCCAUUGGAUCUCUAUACGUCAGACGUUUCUUCAAAGAUGAUGCCAAAAAGAACGCUCUCGAUAUGGUCGAAGGUAUACGUAAAGAAAUGUAUAAAAUAUUGAGCACCGUUGAUUGGAUGGAUGAGAGCACCAGAAAAAACGCUCUAGAUAAAGCACGUUCCAUGGUGAAUCAUAUCGCGUACCCAGAUGAAUUAUUGGAGGAAAAAAAACUCAUCGAAUUUUACGAAAAGUUAGAAAUCGACCCGAACGAAUAUUACAUGUCUUUAUUGAACUUGACGAAAUUCGGAACAGACUACAGUUUUUCCAAGCUGAGAGAACCUGUAAACAAAACCGACUGGAUCACUCACAGUAGACCGGCUGUUGUAAAUGCUUUUUACAAUUCGUUGGAAAACAGUAUACAAUUUCCUGCUGGAAUCCUACAACAUGCAUUUUUCUCUAAUGACAGGCCCAAGUAUUUGAAUUACGGAGCUAUAGGGUUCGUAAUUGGACACGAAAUCACGCACGGGUUCGAUGACCAAGGUCGUCAAUUUGAUAAAAAUGGUAACCUAGUCGAUUGGUGGGAUCCGAACACGAAAGAAAGGUAUUUAGAAAAAGCGAAAUGUAUUAUUGACCAAUAUGGUAACUACACAGCUGAAGAAGUUAAUCUCAAAGUACGUUUUAAUGUCUAUUUCUUUCUCCUCAAUGGUGUCAAUACUCAAGGUGAAAACAUAGCCGACAACGGAGGCGUCAAAGAAGCCUACUUAGCGUAUAUUGCAUGGUCAAAGAAAAACGGAGUCGAGCCAAAAUUACCCGGAUUACAAGAUUACUCUCCUCAGCAAAUGUUUUGGAUCAGCGCUGCUAACGUUUGGUGCUCGAAAUACCGACCAGAAUCGUUGAAAUUGAGAAUAACCACCGGUUUCCACUCACCAGGAAGAUUCCGUGUCAUCGGACCUCUCUCUAAUCAAGAAGAAUUCGCCAGAGAUUUCAGAUGUCCAUCUGGUUCGAAAAUGAAUCCGACCAAGAAAUGUAAAGUGUGGUAAAAAUAGCAAGGAUUUUGUACGAGGGAAAUUUUUAUUAAAUGUAUGUAUUACAGAUUAUUAUUUUGGAGAAGAUACUAAAUUUAUAUACAUUUUAUGGUUCGCUUUAUCAAGUUUUUCUAAGUUUGGAAAAAAAUUGUCGCUUUUGUUCACGCACAAUUUACGUAUGAAGGCUGUGAAUAUUUUUAAUAUUGUGUAAGAUAAUGUUUUAUGCAUAUUCGCUUUCUCAUGUUUUAGUUUUUUUUGUUCUGUUUCCAUUUUUUUCCUGUUUAUCUGUUCUGUUCAAAGUGUAUUGUUUCUUCUAUAUUCUAUUAUACCGACUAAUACUGCAUUUCGACUCGCGAUAAUUUAAUCAUCGCACGAGUGUAAUAAAAAUUAAAAAAAAAAAAAAAAAAAAAACUAAUUAACGAAAAGGUGACUUUUUUACAAGUUUUGCUUCAAAUAUUUAUAAAAAUCAUAAAAAUGUAAAUAAUAUUAUUUACGCUGUCUUUUUUUUUUCUAAAUAAUACCAUCGUGAAUUUUUUUUAAUGAAAAUUUUAAAUGAUCAAUUCGCGAUAAAUCUUGAAUCGCAUUCAUGAUUUGGUGAAUCGGGUAGAUAUCCUGAUAACUUUUUUAAAAAUCAAUAUCUAUUGAAACAUCUUCAUUUUUGUGAUUUUUUCAUGUUUAGUUAUCUGUUUUAUGUGCUUUGUAGAUAUUUAUGUAAUUUAAUUUUUUGGCUAUAAUAUCACUCAUCCAUUUUUUCAAGUAAAUUAUGCUUUAAGUUGUCGUAUCUUGAUGGAAUUGUUGAUAGAUGGAGUCGUCUUUUAUGUGUAUUUAAAUCUGAAUUUAAAACACAUUCAUAGAUAUGAAGUAUGGCAUCUUAUAAUAUAAUACAUAGGUAUAUAAUAUAUAUGUUUUGCAUUUUCACCAUUGUUGUAGAUUUUCAUUUUAAAAAACAUACCUGUUAUACUUAUUUUUACAUUUUAAAAAUUCAUUUCCAUUUGUAUUGUCGUUUAUUAGGCUUUUAAAGUUGUCUUCUUUCUUCUUCUUCGUUUUCUUUUUUUGUAUUUUGAUUGAAAUAUACAUCACCUGAAUUUUAUUGUACGUAUUAUGUCAUUAAACGAUACUGUAUGUUAAUUUAUACAAUAGUUUUGUAUUAUUUUUAUUAUACCUGUAAUUUCUGUGUUUUAUUUUUUUGUUUUUAAAUUGUGAAUGGAUUGUAAAUAUAGCAGGAUAGACAUGUGUUUACAAAAUAGAAGUAUUAAACAUGUUUGAAAAUUCUUGUUUUAAACCACGAGACAAAUACAACGUUUGAAUUCACGUUUAAAA